AUGAAACCUCCAUCAAGCAUGUCACGUUUAAAUAAACCACUUGCUCAAGAAGCUAGUAGUUCGGCGCAUAUUGAUAGAGCACAUCAGCUAGCACAGGAUUUCAACAGUAAACAGGAUGAUACCGCACUAACUUCACUCCCCCACAAGAACCCUGACAUAUUCAGAUUUGAGAAUAACAUCACAGCUCACAGCUCGCGUCGUGGUUCUCUUUAUAGGGAUAGCGACGCUACUGUGGUUUUGCCGCUUUCUGAACAUACCCCUAGAUUAUCAAUGGAUGAUCCAUACCGCCAGUUAUUACAACAGGCUGAAAUCUCACAACUACGAAGUAAGAAAAAAAGGCAUUCUAGUCGAACUUUGCGUGCUUCGUUUAUAUCUUUUGUGGUGCUAGUUUCGUCGCUAUCGGGAUUGGACCAAGGUCUCAUAUCUGGAAAUGUUAUGACGUUGUCAUUCCAGAAAUAUUUUCAUUACCCACUGACUUCUCCACUAGGAAAUAUUGUGAGCGUUGUUAAUCUAGGUGCCUUCAUGGCCUCGUUGUUCGUGUAUUCGGGUGUCCUGGAGGCUUCUAGCAGGAAAAAAAUGCUUCAAAUAAGCACAAUGAUAUAUUCUCUAGGCGCCAUUGUCCAGGUCCUGGCUCUAAAUCAAUGGUGUUUACUACUGGGUAGAUUCGUUCUCGGAGUAGGUAUGGGGUUUGCCUUUUCCAUGGUAAUAAUUUAUCAAUUCGAGUUUCCUCUUCCAUAUAUAAGAAAACGAACAUUCAUUUCUAUCCAGUGCGUCUCUAGUGUCAUUGCAUAUUCGUUCGGAAUUUGGAUUAAUUGUGCUUUCAGGUAUUUGAGCUUUGCAUGGAGAUACCCUUUGUCAACACAUGUGCUACUUGGAAUAAUACUAAACCUAAUGUCGUUCUACCUCAUUUUAGAAUCCCCUUCUUGGCUUUUAAAGCAAAAGAAUGAUGUGGAAGCGUUAGUUUUGAUAUCGAAUAUAUUCGAUGAUGGAAAUUUCGAGGAAAACCAGACUCAGUUGAAAUUUAGAGUUCUGAAACGAGACAUACUAUUGAAAUCACAUCUUCAAAAAAACUCAUAUCCAUAUGCAUAUAUUUUAAAUGAUUUUUCUUCAAUAAUAAAAAUGUUGAUAGGUUUCCAACUACUUACAAGAUCAAAUGGUGUUGAUGCCUUCUUAUAUUACUCACCGUUAAUAUUACAACAAAUGGGGAGAGGAGAAAAAAAAUCAAUUUAUUUAACGGGGCUCAACGCUUUAAUUUACACCACCGUAAUAUUAGCUUACUUCCCCAUGGUAUUGCGGAAACGUAAAGAGAAAAUGAAUAUACUUUUAGGUUCGGUUGUCAUGUGUGUAUUGCUAUUUACCAUAUCUUUUACAGAUUUGUUUCCCAAGAGUACGACAAGGUAUAUAUCAAUACUGUUUGCUGUAUUCCUUUUUACACACUUCAUCAGUUGGGAUUCCAUAGGUUGGGUUAUGACCAUUGAGCUUUUACCCCACUUAUCGCAGGCACCGGUGAUAUUGCUAAUAUCAAACUUUUAUUGGUUUUUUAAGUGGUUUGUUAGUUUAAUAACACCUAUACUUAUCGACCGUCUGUCCUGGAAGUUUUACCUUAUCCCGUCUUUAUCUUCCUUUAUUUCUAUUAUAUUUGUGCUAAAGAUUUUCCCUAUCGUAACCGGUGACGAGAGGCUAGAUUCAGAUGACGAUUCUGCUGGAAACAGCAGUGGCAACCAUGAUGAUGUUUUUGACGAUACUGGCUCUGAAUUCUCGUCAUCACCAUCCUUUUCCGCGUACCAGAUAAAUACUCUAGGAAGCAGCAUUAAACAAAAUAACCAAGCAUAUUCGUCGAUUCAAAAUGAGCAAAUUCUACCCAAAGACGGAGGUUUAUCGAACCAGACACAUGGAUCUGCACAAAAUGUUUAUUUUAUCACAUCUGAUUCAGGACCAUCAAGGACAGGCGAGUUUUUCAGCUUUCAUAAUAGAACUGACCCGAAUAUCAGAGACGACAUUGCUGCUAAUAAAUCGGGCUCAGGUGAGGUUCAGAACUCCCCUGGAGACAUAGCAGUUGCCUAG